UUGCAGAACACAACUUUAGGUAGUGGAUUAUACCUUUCACCUGAUUUAAAUGUAAGCUUACCACACAGUCACGGUGGGUUUGGCUGGGGUGCCAGUUGCAUUGGUGGCCACUUGUCCUGCAUUGCUAUGUGUGAAGUCAUCGACACGCCUGAUGGAAUCAAUGUUAGAAAACCUAUUACUGAUGAAGGUGAUGGAGUUAAUAAUGAAGACACUAACCAACAACUAAACACUACUGACGUCAAAGCGUCUUAUUAUGUUACUAAUAGCGAUUUACUAAGAUUGCGUUAUUUACUGGUUUACGCAAAACAGCCUACUUCGAUAAGAUUUAGCACAACAAACGCUCAUAGAAACGAGGGUGGAUUGCGACAAUGGUUAAAUAAGCACAAGUUGAUGUCUAUACUCCUUGGUUAUGGGUUAAUGCUAGCAACUAUAGGUUUUGCCAACAAUCAACCUAUGAAUUAUUACUACAAAAUUUUGUUGAAGAAAUUAGAUCUAGCGUAUACAUCCGUAAAAGUUUGA